AUGUCUGACAACGGGGAAGUUGAGGUGCCUGUUAGCGCCUCCCUGCCUAAGGAGAUCGCUGCCCUCGAGGGUGAGGUCAAGCUUUUCGGCAAAUGGAACUACGAUGUUGAGGUCCGCGAUAUCUCCCUGACCGACUACAUCCAGGUCCGCGCUCCCGUCUACACCUCCCACACUGCCGGUCGCUAUGCCGCCAAGCGUUUCCGCAAGGCUCAGUGCCCCAUCGUUGAGCGUCUCACCAACUCCCUCAUGAUGAACGGCCGUAACAACGGUAAGAAGGUCAAGGCUGUCCGCAUUGUUGCCCACGCCUUCGAGAUCAUCGCCAUCAUGACCGACCAGAACCCCCUCCAGGUUCUGUGUGACGCCGUUGUCAACAGCGGUGCCCGUGAGGACUCCACCCGUAUCGGUUCCCAGGGUACCGCCAUCGCUCUCCUGACCAUUGGUGCUCGCGAGGCCUCUUUCCGCAACAUCAAGUCCAUCUCCGAGUGCUUGGCUGAGGAGCUGAUCAACGCUGGCAAGGGUUCCAGCAACAGCUACGCCAUCAAGAAGAAGGACGAGCUCGAGCGUGUUGCCAAGUCUAACCGGUAA